AUGAACCCUAAGUAUAUAUUCGUACUUUUGGCCGUCAUGUUUGCGCUUAGCCUUAUGAGCGUUAAUGUCGAGGCUGAUUUUGGAAGUUUUCUUAAGAGAGGUUUAAGGGUGGUGGAGGAUGUGGUAGAUGGUGUGGUAGAUAUG